CGUGGGCAUAACAAGAGUAAUUAUUUUAAAUAGUGAUAGAAGUUCCUUAUAAUAUUUACAAACUCUUCUUCUCUCUCGAUAUGCUUAUUUUUUGAUGAUUUUAUCAAAAUAGUAGAUCCUUUUGUAUAACAUUUUUUUAAGAGAUAUUGGUAAACAGGGUCACCCCACGUGCAUUUUAUUUUUUAAACAAAAUAUAUGGCUUUUCAAAUCCCUCCAGAAAUUAUAUGCUGGUUCCAUGCAUAUCUUCUAUGCCCACUGUACCCAGUAGCUAUUAGACAGAACUAGCCAUAAGACUGCAUAAGACUAGCAGUUCUCUUUACUAGUGUCUAUUCGGUAUCAAGGGCAAGUCAUAUAUGAUGUUUCAAUGCUGUUAUAUAUAUUUAUUCAUUUCUUACAUAAUGUAUGUUAUAUGAUUUUGGAAUUACUUUUUUAAUAUUGAUGUAUAAAUCAUAAUCAACUAGCAUGAAGUUCUGUUUUAUUAUUUGAAUCUCAAUAAUGCAUAACAAUGGUGGUAUGGAUGACCUUCUGGAUUCCUUUUAAACAUGUCGGUUCAUUUAAAACAUAUGAUACCCUAACCUACAGACAGUGAAGAAGGUAUCUUUGAAUUUGUAAGAACAAUAGUAAAUGGUAGUAGUUAGUAAGUUGUGUUGCUGAAAUUGUGAACAGAAAUGGAAGAGGUAGAUGAGGUUGUUGAGGAGAAUGCAGAAUUUCUUGAAGAAAGCGACGAGGACGGUGGUGUAACGGCGCAGAGCGUUUUGCAAGAUAUUGAGAAUGCUUGGUUGAAUGAGAAAUUUGCACCAGAAAUUUUGCCUCAUCAAUCAGAUGCUGUGGAAUGUAUGCUACAGCAAAUAUCUCACAUGGAAGAUAACAUGAAAAGUCUGGGAAAGGGCUCGAUGAAAUCCUUAAUUCAUCAGAUGGAAAUCAAUAGGAUACGGUUUAUAAUAUCUAGCUAUUUGAGAUGCCGCCUGGAGAAGAUUGAGCAGUAUGCAAUGCAUAUCCUUACAGAAGAAGCUCAGCGUGGUCGUGAAGAUGGGUACUUGUCAUCUGAUGAAUUGCGUUUCGCUAAAGAUUAUUUAAGUAGUAUAGAACUUCUGUUCAGAACCUUGGCACUGCAACACAUGCCCAAUGUUUUACAAAAAUUUGAAAUUGAAACUAUGACCGUCAAGCCAAAUAUACAUGCUCAUGUAUUUCUCAGAGCUAAUAAAAGGAUAACAGGAAUCAUAGUGCCAGGAACAGUUGAUGAGGAAGUGGACUUUGAAGAAGGUUCGCAACACAUUGUACAAUACAGUGCAGUGGCUGAUUUAGUAAAAAAUGGUGACAUUCAAUUAAUUUGAUUGUUCCUUAAUAUUUCGUAAUUUAAGAUAAGAAAAAUUUCAUCAUAGUAAAAUAUAAAACCCAGAAUAUUUGAGUGAAUAAUUUUUUAUUGAAUAUUUGUUCUAUGAAACAGUUUGUACAUGUUACAUCGCGACCGCAACAAUGAUCGCAAUCUGUAAGCUUAGGCCCUAGUAAAAAUAUAAUUUUCUUAUGAAAAAGAGGGGCUUAUGCUCUGCGCAUCUCACAUUGAUCUAUUCU